AUGCACGUUGGUGGAGGAAAAGAAAUGGAGUGCAACUUCGUUCUACUCCAGUUCCAGGGAUACUUUCGUUAUUACAGCGUCGUUUUAAAAAUGAUCCGGAAAGGGUUUAUAAAGCUGUCAGACAAAAAGAACGAUGGCAUUUUGAGGGAUAAAGUGCUGAGAGACAUAAUGAACCACGCCUGUCUGCGGCCGGGUGGGCCCCCGCGGGCGAUUGACGGCAGAGCCCCUUCGGCGCCUGAGCUGCCCGAACGGCUGGUGACGGCGGCGGCCGAGGAGAAAAACCCGCUGAGCAGCUUGGCCGCAGCGCACACCUUGGCCAGAGUCCUGCGGCCCUGCUACGGCCCCCAGGCGCGGCAGCUCCUGGUCACCGCCAAACGAGAAACCGUGGUCACAGGGUACGGCACGGCCAUCCUCCGGGUGCUGGAGCUGGAGCACCCCGCCGCCCGGCUGCUGCGGUUGGCGGCGCAGAGCGGCGACGGCGUGGCCUUCGUGGUGCCCCUGGCUCAGGCCCUGCUGGCGCAGGCCGAGCACCUGCUGCGGGAGGCCUAGGCCGCGGCGGCCGCCGAGACGCUGGCCCUGCUGCCGUCCAUGGCCAUCCGGGCGCUGGGGCCUCUGGAGGACCCGUUCGGGGCCCUGCACUCGGUGACGAACACGCACAGGCUGUGGCUGACUGACGGCUUGACCAAGAUGGUGGCGCAUGCGUGCUGGGCCACCCGGGAGCCGGACGGCGGCUUCCAGCCGGAGCGCGUGCGCGUGUGUGCGCUGCCCGGGGCGCGGCUGGAGGACUCGUGCCUGCUCCCUGGCCUGGCCCUGCCCGGCAAGCCCUGCGGCCAGGUGGCCAUGGUGAUGAGCGGCACCAGGGUGGCUCUGAUGGCCUGCGCCUGGCCUGCCAGCCCCAUUGCCCCGGCCACGGCUCGUCUCUCUAGUCCUGACGACCUGACCGAGUUCAGGAAGGGCAGCGAGAGGCUGAUAGAAAAGCAGGUGGCCCAGCUGGCAGCCGCGGCUAUUAACGUGGUGGUGGUUUGGGGGAAAAUUGACAAGGAGACCCUAACGCAUAAUGACAGGUGCGGCCUCAUGGUGAUUCAGGUGAAGUCCCGGCGGGAGAUGGUGUACCUGAGCGAGGUGUUUGGCACACCUGUGAUGCCUUAUCUGCUUCCUCCACUGGUGCCAAGGAAGUGUCAGAGGGUGUACGGGCAGGAGCUGGGAGAAGGUUUGGCUGUGGUAAUUGAGUGGGAAACUCCAGGCACCCCUGCCCUCACCAUGGUGCUCAGGGAGGCCACCGGUGAGGGGCUACGGGGUGCAGAGUAGGCUGCCUACCAGGGCAUUGAUGCCUGUUUCCAGUUAUGCCAGGAUCCCAGACUGCUUCCAGGAGCUGGGGCCACAGAGAUGGCUCUGGCGAAAAUGCUCUCAGAGAAAGGAACCAAACUGGAAGGGCCUAGUGGUCCCACCUUCCUGGCAUUUGCCCAGGCCCUGCAGUUUCUUCCUGAAACCCUGGCAGAGAAGGCAGGCUUAGCCGUCUCAGACGUGAUGGCAGAAAUGAACGGAGCUCACCAAGCUGGGAACUUCCUGAUAGGAGUGGAGGUCGAAGGGAUAAUAAGUGCGGCCCAGGAAGAGGUGUGGGACACCCUAAUAGCCAAAGCCCAAGGACUUCGAGCCGUGCCUGACGUGGUACUACAGCUCCUGACUGGCCAUGACAUUGUAGUAGCCAAGAAAAGUCCCACACCUCACCGGGACCUGAAACCUGAACCUAAGAAGGCAAAAGAUCGCCCAUACCCUGUGAAAAAAAGGAGUCCUUGGAACAAAUAAGUGGCAACAUCCUCAACAAAAUGGGGUUGCCAAGGAGGGCAUCGCCACCCCAAAAAUGAACAUUGCCUUGUAUUGCCUCCACGUUUGCUCCUAUUUGAGUCCAUUUCUUUAGAUAAAAACAACAUCACCAUUAAAGUCCUUUCCAUUGAUUUACUUCCUUUCAGAUUCUUGGCUUUUUUCAUUUCCUGUUUCUCUCUAUCAGAUUCUGUUCUUUCCUCCAGGAUUCAAUUCUAUUAAAGAUUUUUAAAUUGAGUACCUGAAUUUUGGGGAUGCAAGAAAGGGUAGGUAUCUCUUCCCAACUGUUUGAGUAUUCCUGCAUAAAUUCUAAAUUUCUAGAAUUUCUGUCUAAAUGUCACUUUAGCAAUCUGAGAACCUCAGUUUCAGCUUAAAGGAGUGGCCGCUCAUUCCUGUUGUGAUUAUUUCAAAAAAGGGAAUGUUAUUUUAAGGCAAAAAAUCAAUAUAAAGGAGGAAAAUGAGCUGGCAGGCAGAAAUAUAUUUUUUAAAAAGCACCCUUGGCAUAUAUAACAAAAGAUAAGAACACACACCUUAGAACCGCACUACAGUUCCAGUGUAGGUGAGGAGUGCUGGGGAGCACCUAGCACCAGGUUAUCCUGGCCAGGCUGUGAUUAUGCCCAGAUACUCCUGGGCAGUAAAGAGAAGUUGAGCAGAGCUGGGAACAUGUUACCCAAAACCUUUCCCACUUAACCAUCCAAGUUACUCUGCCUCUGGGAAAAGAGCUGAACGUAGGGACAGAACUGAGGUGAUGGGAAGCUGCAGUCUCUUAGAAUCAAAACAAAGAAGCUUAAGCAUUUGGAGAGAGAACCAGACUCAAGAAACAAUUGUCUUAUAGCAGGCAUUAUUAGCUGCAACAACGCAAAACAAAUUGGCAAAGAUUCUUUGAAACCCAGAAGUGAAAUCCUGAGAAGUUGUUAGGAUGGCAGAUGAAAAUGUAUAGAACUAUACUCGUUAUUACUAACUUAUACUAACAAGUUAUAUCUAUACAACAUCCUUGACGUGUCUUUCCUUGUUGUGUCUUCAUCGUUAUAUUUUAGCGAAUAUAACGAAGUGCUGUCAUAUUUCUCCCCUGCCCUCAGGUUCCGCAUUGUUCUCAU